AUGGACAGACACCUAGAUGCUGCAAAGCAUUUCGCAGUCUUGAUAGGCAUCGACUUUUACAAGGAAUCCCCUCUGAAAGGCUGUGUCCGAGACGUGCAAGAGAUUGAAAAGUAUCUGAAGCGUGAGCAGCCUACCGUUCAGGUAUAUACACUCACCGCGAGUUUGCCCGGUGGCACAGAGUCACCCCUACCCAUCGAGGAUCCGGCUUUGUGGCCGACAUACGAGAAUUUCAUAGCAAAGUUCAACCAUGUUUCCUCCAUCGCAAGACCCGGCGAUUUCGUUCAUGUCCAUUACUCCGGUCACGGAACCAGAACAGAACCUUCAGGAGAUCUCGCAUUGGAUCUGUUGGGUGAUAUGCAAGGAACUGGGGUCAGGUACCUUCAUGGUCUCGAGUUUGCGUCUUUGCUACAAGAUCUCGUCGCCAAGAAACUCGAGGUCUCUGUCGUCCUAGACUGCUGUUUUUCUGGUGGUGUUUCGCGCAACGAGUCUUCCGUUCGAUAUCUUGAUUAUAACCCCGAAACAGACGCAGCACAUCCUGCUGCUAUGCUAGAGGGUCUCGAAUCCAGAGACAGAGUCUGUCGUCCACAGUACCGCGACACCUCCAUGCAGCCCAACUGGUUGGUAGACCCAGCUGGAUACACAAUCCUCACAGCUUGUGGUCCGCAUGAGAGAGCAAGGGAAAUCCAGCUGCCUGGGGGGAAAAGACACGGUGCGCUCUCGUAUUUUCUUCUCAGGACCUUCACUGGUUUUGGUGGUAUCGGCAACCGACAACGUCAUAUCUACCACCACCUAUGCAUCAGAUUCAGAGAGGCAUGGCCACAACAAAAUCCCAUGUUCUACGGGAACAAGGACAAGUGCUUCUUGACCUCCAGCAACUCAGAAGUCCAGGCCGUCCCAAUCCAGGCGGUGAAGAAACAAGGGAAGCUUCAGCUACAAGCCGGCCGUGCUCAAGGGGUUUGCGACAGAGACAAAUUUGCCAUAUACCCGCACGGCUCCAUAGACCACACCUUGGCAUCAAGUCGAGGCCUCCUCACUGCCACGGUUACCCACACGAAAGCUUUUCAGUCCACGCUGGAGCUCCAAGACUCUACCGCCAUGGGUACGCAAACUUGGUGGACUGCUGUCGCACUGACGAGGAAACGCCUCAACGAAUAUCCGGUGCGAGUUGCCAAAACAAUUCCAUGGAGGGAUGAGUGGUUCGCAGCCCUACGGAAACGAUCGUUGUACGCUGUUGACGAUGACGAAUCUCGGUUCGCAUUCAUCGUCACAGCAGAAGACGGCCAGUACAAAAUCCUCGACAAGUCAGGCCAUGAGAUUACAAACAUUUCCGCCAUGGCGCAAGCGGAGACAACUCCGGACAAUGUUUGUGACGUUAUCCAGCACUUGGCUAAAUUCAACAUGGCUCAAGGCUUGACAGACGACGCACCUAACAACCUACUGAACGAUUCAUUCAGCAUCAAGCUUGUCGGUGCUUCGGGAGAUACACACUCACCGGGAUCCAUAGUGCAAGCGACUCACGGCCAGGUAGUGACCUUGAUCGCGGAAAACUUGGGAGAUAGAGAGCUUUAUGUCUACAUCUACAGCAUGGGUUCCAAUUGGCAAAUCGAGAACAUUCUUCGUGGCAGUCAUCACGUUCUCCCCUCGCGAAACGGAAACAAGACGUACCAAGGGACGGCCAGAAAAGCGUGGAAGCGGGACCCCUACGCAGCAGGACAAGGCAGAAUCAUCAUUGCUGUCUUAGAUAGGAAGGUCGUAAUCGGCAAGCGCGCUCAGUUUGAGUAG